AUGUCCCCUUCUGCCUCGCCGCAGCCAGUGGCUGCCAUGCCUGGCCUGUUUCUUACUGCUAUUUCUUAUGCUGGGGUAUUAUUGAGCGAAAGGGAGAGCAAUGACGUUUUGUUCGUGUCGCUCGCAAUGGAUCCAGCGACGUAUGUUGAUCCAAACCUGACGCAGCCGGAUCUCUUGGUUCUCAAGUGUUUGCUGCGAGAGAUCGAAGACACACAGGCGAGGUCGAAGACGAGUAAUGGCCAUGCCAAUGGAUCGAAUACAAGCCGUAGCAGACGAGAGAUAAGCAAUGGAACCGCAAGCAAGGAAGACGCAGAAGACGCAGACGAAGAGGACGUCAAGGACAAAGAGACCAUUGAGCACCUGAGAAAUCUGAACGAUCCAAGACACGAUGACUUCGAUCCUACCGUCUUUGUCACCUGGGACACACAGCGACUACCGUUCCCUCGUUUUAUCCAGCAAUGGCUUAUCAGGCCGUACAUCGCGAAGGCCCGGCGGCUGGUACGAGUGGAAACGGACGUAGCGAUGCUAACGCAUCUGAUGCUGUACUUUGGCACGUCUCUCCCGAGCGCCGUGAUGCUAUUCUACAACUUCAGCUGGCUGCACGGGGUGGCGCACUGGCUGAUGCAGACAUGGUACAUGGGCACGUACACGCUCAUGAUGCACCAGCACAUACACAUGGGGGGGAUCCUGAACCGGAAGCUCUGGCUGUUCGACGUGCUGUUCCCUUACAUCACCAAUCCGCUGAUGGGCCAUACGUGGAAUUCGUACUACUACCACCACGUCAAGCACCACCAUGUGGAAGGCAACGGGCCCGAGGACCGGUCGUCGACUCUGCGGUACCGGCGAGACGAGCUGGUCGACUUUCUAGCGUACGUGGGCCGGUUCCUGUUUCUGGUGUGGAUUGAUCUGCCGGUGUAUUUUGUGCAGAAGGGCAAGUAUGCGAUGGCGGGCAAGGCCGCUGGCUGGGAGGUGAGCAACUAUCUGGUGCUGGGCUUGCUGUUUACCAUGGUGAAUGCGCGGGCGACGGUGUUUGUGUUCCUGCUUCCGCUGCUGGUGAUGAGGAUUGCGAUGAUGGUGGGCAACUGGGGACAGCAUGCGUUGGUGGACGAGGUCGAUCCUACGUCUGACUUUCGCUCCAGCAUCACUCUUAUUGACGUGCCGCGGGCACGGUACGCGAGGGAGCAGGCUCUGGUGUUCCGCAACAUCGACUAUAUCAUGAUGACGGUGAAGCUGCUGCAGAAGGACUACAUGUAUCUCGCGCGGUGCCUGGUGCCCAUCGGCGAAGAGCAGAUCACCAUGACGCUGGAGGAGCGGGCCGCGAUGCUGAGGCGCAAGACGAGGAAGUUCAGCGAGGAGGAGAUUUCACGGCUGUACGGGUAG